CUGGGACAGGGCACUCUGUCAGACAGCAACAUAACAUGACACAGACCUCAUCAAAUCUGACAUGCAGUGUGAAGUGUGAAAACCUGAGUGAAAGGAUCGAGACAUUUUCCCUCCAGCAUGGCACACUGUUUUUUCCACCAGAGUUUAAACAUCACAAACCCAGCAAACCAAGCAAACCAAAUUAAUAUGAGUUCUUCGAAUAUUUUCGCCAUUUCCCUCCACGGCUUGGUCUCUUCCAUCGGCAUCAUGGAGAACCUCCUCAUCCUCUGGGUGGUGGGCUUCCACGUCCGCCGCUCCAUCAUCAGCGUGUGGAUCCUGAACCUCGCGGCCUCCGACCUGCUUGCCACCGCUUUCCUUCCAUUCUUCACCCUCUACAUGGCGCGUGGCAACACCUGGACGCUGGGCAGGACCUUCUGCCGCAUCUACUCCUCCACCUUCUUCCUCAACAUGUUCGUCAGUGGCUUCCUGCUGGCGGCCAUUUCUAUGGACCGCUGCCUGGUGGUGCUGAGACCUGUCUGGGCCCAGAACCACAGGAACAUCCAACUUGUGGGGAAGAUAUGUGGGAUGAUUUGGGCCUUGGCUGUGGUCUGCACCAUCCCUUUCUACAUAUUCCGUGACACCAUUCCCCUUUCAAAUGGGAAGAUCCUCUGUUACUACAAUUAUAAUGUAUUCCUCCCCAGUGAGCCAUAUGACCGGGAAGCAUUACAUAGGCAGCGGAAGGAGGCCUUGGCGUUCAUGAAGCUCUUCCUAGCCUUCCUCAUCCCUCUGGUAAUCAUCAUCCUCAGCUACAUCGCCGUGUAUUCCCACUUGGCACGCAGAGGCUACCGACGCUCUUUUCGUUUCGUUCGUCUUUUGAUAGCCGUGGUGGUCAGCUUCAUCCUCUGCUGGGCGCCGUACCAUUUGUUCAUCAUGAUGGAGGUGAUGUCUCCCUGCGGGCACCCUGCGCAAACAUUUGCAUCCGGGGCCCUCAAGAUUGCGGCGACCCUCGGCUUCCUGAACAGCAUACUGAACCCCAUUCUGUAUGUGUUCAGCUGCCCCGACCUGUGCAGCAAGAUCAGACAUUCCCUGGGUGCGGUGAUGGAGAGCGUUCUGGCUGAGGACCUGGCGGAGCUGGCCCGGCGUCGCAGCUGCACCAGCACCACCACAGAGUAUAUAAGGAAGCCGUCUUCCAUCACAACCUUGUGUCUGAAAACAGAGGAGCAGGAUAAAAGUGUUGCUGAACAAAUUGCACUGAGAACCAGCAGUCACUAGGAAAAUGCUUAUAGGAAAUAUAUGAGAAAAGCAUUUAUUUGGAUUUUCCCUUGUUUUUUAACCAUAGCUCAUCAUAUUUACUCAGAAGCGAGCUUAUAUUAUGGAUUAUAACUUGUUGUUACAAUUAUGCACCAUCAGCUUUUAUGACCGUUAAUAGGUUGCUGUCAUUUCUGUCUUAAUCCUUGUCUUUUGAGAGUGAGUGUAUUCUUGACUAUGUUUGCAUGAUACACUUGUGCAAGCACCAUCACUUCACUGGAUGUACAAGUGCAGGACAGGAUGAGAGGACCUGAAGUGCUCCCCACCACCCAAAUAUUGUUUUUGUACUCAAUGUUGGAUAAUGUGUUACCCAUCUAACAGGGACUAAUGUUCCUUCACUUUGCUCAGGUAUAUGAGAUCUGUUGUGAUACCAUCUCUCUGUUAACUUUGCUCUUUAUUCUACUGAAAUUGCCACCACAUUUAUUUUAGAAUUUACAAAACUGUCAGCUUCUCAGACUGAAAUCCCUAAAUUUUAGAUUGCAUAAGGGGAUUUAGUCAGCAUCACUUUCAAGUAUGUUAUAUAUGUUUGUAUUUGUUUUGCAGCUCAAAUGUAUAUAUGUCAACUUCUGUAACAAAACAGAAAAAUGCAGUAUUUUGUGUGAGUAUGUUUGAUCAAUGCUUAUAUGUAGCAUUGGUUCUGUGUCUCUCUCUCUCUCUCUCUCUCUUGUGAAAAGUGCUUUGUUUGCAUGCUUGCGGUCUCACCCCAGAUGUGACACUUCAUUUUAAAAUGUAACAUUGCACGUCUUAAAUUUGGCAUUGCACUGCAUCUGCAUCUGCUUCAGUUUCCAGUAUUUCACUCCGUGCAUGCUAUAUCUA